AUGGCAGCUUUAUUUCAAGAAACCCCACAACAUAUUUGGGAAACUAUUCAAGCAAAUGUACCAAUUGAUACAAAAAAAGUUUGUAAUGCAGUUCCAUUACCAAAUACUGAAGAACCUGGAUUUUCACCAAUUUAUAGAAAUCAUUAUUCACCAAAAGAAUUAAUUAAUGUUCCGUAUCCUGGUAUUGAUACAUUAUUUAAAACAUUUGAACUUGCAGUUGAAAAUAAUGGUACUAAUAGGGCACUUGGUCAUCGUGUUAAAAAAGAAGAUGGAACUUUCGGUCAUUAUGUUUGGGAAGAUUAUAAAACAGUUCAAAUCAGAAGAAAUAAAUUAGGUUCUGGUUUAUAUUUUAUUUUACAAAAUAAUCCUUAUAAAACUGAAAGUGAAGCUCAUAAAAAAUUGAGAUAUGAUCCAUUAAAUGAGGAUGGAUUUGUUUUAACUAUAUUUUCACAUAAUAGACCAGAAUGGGCUUUAGCUGAUUUAACUGCUAUUGCUUAUAACAUUGUUUCAACUGCACUUUAUGAUACUUUAGGUCCAGCUACAAGUAAAUAUAUUUUGGAAUUAACAGAAUCACCAAUAAUUUUAUGUUCAAAAGAUAAAAUUAAAGGUUUAGUUGCAUUAAAAGAAAAAUAUCCUGAAGAGUUAAGUAAUUUAAUUUGUUUAGUUUCAAUGGAUGAAUUAACUACUGAAGAUUCUGUAUUAAAAAAUUUAUGUCAUGAACAUAAUAUGACAUUAUUUGAUUAUAAACAAGUUGAAAAACUAGGAGAAAUUAAUCCAUUAGAUCCUAUUCCACCAAAACCUUCAACAUCUUUCACUAUAACUUUUACUUCAGGAACAACUGGGGCAAAUCCAAAGGGGGUAUUAUUAACUCAUGAAAAUGGUGUAUCAGGUAUUACCUUCUUAUAUUCAAAUUUUCAAGAAGGUAGAAAAGCGGGUAAAGCAACCAUUUAUUCAUUUUUACCAUUAGCUCAUAUUUAUGAAAGAGCAAGUAUUCAAUUUGCAUUUGCUGCUGGUGGUGCUGUUGGAUUCCCACAAGGACCAUCUCCAUUAACAUUAUUAGAAGAUGUUAAAGAAUUACAACCAGAUUUUAUGGCGUUAGUUCCAAGAGUUUUAACUAAAUUGGAAGCUGGUAUUAAAGCACAAACUAUUAAUAAUGAUGAAAAACCAAUUUUAAAAAAUAUUUUUACUAAAGCUAUUAAUAAGAAAAUGGAAUUACAAGGUAAGCCAGAAAAUGAACAUACAAAUCCUUCUCAUAUAAUUUAUGAUAGAGUUUUAGGGUUAUUACGUAGAAAAUUAGGACUUCAAAAUCUUAGUUCCAUAACAACUGGAUCAGCUCCAAUUAGUCCUGAAACUAUUAAAUUUAUAAAAGCAGCAAUGAAUACAGGAUUAGCUCAAGGUUAUGGUAUGAGUGAAACAUUUGCAGGUAUUAUGGGAAGUUCAAAAUUUGAAACUCAAUCAAGUUCAUGUGGUCCAAUUUCAGUAACAACAGAAUGUAGAUUAAGAGAUUUACCAUCAAUGGGUUAUACAUCAAAAGAUGAAGGAGGACCAAGAGGUGAAUUAUUAGUUAGAGGUCCACAAGUAUUUAAAGAAUAUUUUAAAGAUCCUGAAAAUACUGCCAAAUCAUUUGAUAAAGAUGGUUGGUUUUAUACAGGUGAUGUUGCAAGAAUUGAUUCAUCAUUAGGUAAUAGAGUAUUUAUUAUAGAUAGAGUUAAAAAUUUCUUCAAAUUAGCUCAAGGUGAAUAUGUUACACCAGAAAGAAUUGAGAAUACUUAUUUAUCAGCGUUUCCAUAUAUUGCUCAAUUAUUUGCUCACGGGGAUUCAUUACAAACUUUUUUAGUUGGUGUUGUUGGAUUAGAUCCAAUGUCUAUUUCAUCAUAUAUUAAAUCAAGAUAUAAUGAAACAAUAACAAAUCAUGAAGAUAUUAAAAGAUUUUUCCAAGAUCGAAAACGUAAAAGAGAAUUAUUAUUAGAUAUGAAUAAAUCAAUUGCUGGACAAUUACAAGGUUUUGAAAAAUUACAUAAUAUUAUAAUUGAUAUUGAACCAUUAAGUGUUGAAAAAAAUUUAAUUACUCCAACUAUGAAAAUUAAAAGACCAAUUUGUACAAAAUAUUUUGAAAAUGAAUUAAAAAAUUUAUAUGAUGAAGGUUCAAUUAUAAAAGCUGAAAAAUUAUAG